AUGGCUGUUCAACUGACUGUCGCUGCCGCGCCGGCUUCGCUUUACGUCGGAGACCUUCACCCUGACAUCUCCGACACCCAACUCUUCCAGGCUUUCUCGGAAUUCGAAAGCCUCACUUCUGUUCGCGUCUGCAGAGACUCCAUGACGAGGACGUCGCUCCGUUACGGUUAUGUCAACUUCAUGUCUCAGGAAGAUGCAAUUCGUGCAAUCAAGUUGAAAAACAAUUCUUAUCUCUUUGGAAAAGUUAUAAGGGUCAUGUGGUCACAUCGUGAUCCUAAUGCAAGGAAAAGUGGUAAAGGGAAUGUGUUUGUUAAGAACUUACCUGAAUCCAUAGAUAAUGCGGGGUUACAUGAUUUAUUUCAAAAAUAUGGGAAUAUUUUGUCCACCAAAGUUUGCGUGUAUGACGAUGGGAAGAGCAGAGGGUAUGGCUUUGUUCAAUUUGAGUCAGAGGAAUCUGCAAAUAAUGCCAUUGAGAAGCUGAAUGGCUAUAUUGUGAGAGACAAGCAGAUAUAUGUUGGGGACUUUAUCCGAAAAGGUGAUCGUGUUUUGCCCGGUAAUGAUGCCAAAUAUACAAAUUUGUACAUCAAAAAUUUGGACUCGGAUAUUACGGAAGCACUUCUUCAGGAAAAGUUCUCCCCUUUUGGAAAAAUUAUUAGUUUGGCUAUUGCAAAGGAUGACAAUGGGCUAUCCAAGGGUUUUGCAUUUGUUAACUAUGAUAAUCCAGAUGAUGCUAGAAAGGCCAUAAAAGCAAUGAACGGAUUACAAUUUGGUUCAAAGAAUCUGUAUGUAGCUAGGGCACAGAAGAAGGCUGAACGUGAGAAAAUCUUGCAACAUCAAUUUGAGGAAAAACGCAAGGAACAAAUGUUGAAGUCAAAAGGUUCUAAUCUUUAUGUGAAGAACAUUGAUGACAGUGUUAGUGAAAAAGAACUAAGAGAUCUGUUUAGUUCAUGUGGCACAAUAACUUCAGUAAAAGUUAUGCGAAAUGACAAAGGGAUAAGCAAGGGGUUUGGUUUUGUCUGCUUCUCCAACCCUGAGGAGGCUAAUAAAGCUGUUAGCACUUUUUAUGGAUGCAUGUUCCACCGUAAACCACUGUAUAUUGCUAUCGCUCAGAGGAAAGAGGAUAGGAAAACGCAGUUGAAGCUCCACUAUUCACCGCAACAAGCAGCAUUGGAUGGACCUUCAACUGCAGUUAUUCCUACUGGAUUUCCACCUUUCUUCUAUCCUAAUGUCACUUCGCAGAUGCUUCAAUCUGGGCUUUUGUAUCAACCUCUUGGAUUGGGAUCAGGAUGGAGGGCUAAUGAAUUUGCGCCUCCCACUAGAUCAUUUCAACAAUCCCAGGUUCCUAUUGUUCCUAACUCUACUAGGAAUCAUAGGCAAAAUAGGGGCAGGAUGAACGGGUAUAUGAAUUCAGUGGGAAAAGCUCAGUCUGGUGUGUAUAUCCCGCAUCUGCAACACUAUUAUCAGCCAAUGGACUCUUCAAUAAUCGAGCACUUUACAGCAGCGAAGAUUCCAGGAAUGCUUUUGGGGACGAACAAUGAAGAAUUGACGCAUUUCCUGGAAUCAAGAGACACUUCCUGCGUAGGUGGUAGUGCAAGUGGUGUGUUUUUGUGCCCUGUUUGGAGCUUAGAUCAUGACGUGCAACCUUCACCCUCCACCUACCAAGAAGCUAUGGUGGUGUUUGGGAAAAUCAAUAAGAAAAGACUUGAAUUGACUAGAAUGGGUAGAAAGAGUAAGAAAGAGAGAAGAAGAAGAAGAUCCCAUGAUUCUUCAUCAGAGUCGCCUUCAUCACAGUCCGAUGAUGAUUCGGACAGCCGUAAUUCGUCGUCUCCGGAGAGACGCCGGAGAGACGAUCAUCGCAGCCACCGUUGUUUGCGGCGGGGACGGAGCAGGCACGGCUCGGAUAGUUCCUCUGAUGAGAGUAGUGACCGGGGUGGCAAGAAGAAGAAGUCCUCCAGGCACAUUACUGAAGAGGAAAUAGCACAGUACUUGGCCAAAAAGGCUCAGAGAAAGGCAUUGAAAGUUGCCAAGAAACUAAAGACUCAUACAGUGUCAGGGUAUUCGAAUGAUGCAAAUCCAUUUGGUGACUCUAAUCUUAAUGAGAAGUUUGUUUGGCGGAAGAAGAUUGAGCGUGAUGUUGUUCAAGGUGUGCCUAUUGAUGCAUUUUCAGUUAAAGCUGAAAAAAAGAGAUUGAGAGAACGGAUGGCAGAAAUAGAAAAGGUGAAAAAAAGAAGAGAAGAAAGGGCACUUGAGAAAGCACGACAUGAAGAAGAAAUGGCACUGUUAGAUAGAGAACGUGCACGAGCUGAGUUCCAUGACUGGGAAAAAAGAGAAGAGGAGUUUCAUUUUGAUCAAAGCAAGGUUAGAUCUGAGAUUAGAUUGCGAGAAGGGCGGGCCAGGCCAAUUGAUAUCCUAACCAAGCAUCUCAAUGGAUCCGAUGAUAUAGAUAUAGAAAUAAAUGAACCAUACAUGGUGUUCAAGGGUUUGACAGUAAAGGAAAUGGAAGAGCUUCGUGAUGACAUCAAAAUGCAUCUGGACCUUGACAGGGCGACAGCCACCCAUGUUGAAUAUUGGGAGGCACUCCUUCUGGUGUGUGAUUGGGAGCUAGCUGAAGCUCGAAAAAAAGAUGCAAUUGAUCGAGCUAGAGUACAUGGUGAGGAACCCCCCGCUGAGCUGCUUGCAGAAGAAAGGGGUCUGCAUCACAGUGUUGAGCCAGAUGUGAAGAGGCUUUUGCAGGGGAAGACACACGCAGAAUUAGAAGCUUUACAGGAACAUAUAGCAUCAGAAAUGCGUACUGGUACAGCGAAGGUGGUUGAGUACUGGGAGGCAGUGUUAAAACACCUCCACAUAUACAAGGCCAAGGCUUGUUUAAAGGAAAUUCAUGCUAAGAUGCUACGCAAGCACGUGCAACAUCUUGAACAACCAUUAGAGGAUGAAGAUAAAUUAUGGGAUGCACAAGUUAGAAACUCAGAGGAAGGUAUCGAGCAUUACGAUAAAGUCCAAUCUGCAGAUGAAUCAUUUUCACCCGAACCCAUUAAAGGAGAAGAUCAAGAUGCUGAGGAUCAGGCUGGCUCAUUUUCACCGGAACUGUUUCAUGGUGACGAAAAUGAGGAAGCUAUUGACCCUGAAGAGGACAGGGCUCUACUGGAGCGGAAACGUAUGGCGGUAAGGGAAGAGCAGCAAAGACAAAUUCAAGAAGCAAUUGCAUCAAAGCCUGCUCCAUCUGAAGAUAAUUUUGAGAUGAAAGCCAUGAAAGCUAUGGGAGCUAUGGAAGACGGGGAUGCAGUGUUUGGCUCUGGUGCUGAAGUGAAUCUAGAUUCACAGGUUUAUUGGUGGCACGACAAAUACAGGCCCAGGAAGCCAAAGUAUUUCAAUCGUGUUCACACUGGAUACGAAUGGAAUAAAUAUAAUCAGACUCACUAUGAUCAUGACAAUCCACCACCAAAGGUUGUACAGGGGUAUAAAUUUAACAUCUUCUACCCGGAUCUAGUAGACAAGACAAAGGCUCCAACUUACACCAUCGAGAAGGAUGGUAGCAAUGGGGAGACUUGCAUCAUAAGAUUUCAUGCAGGGCCACCAUAUGAAGACAUUGCUUUUCGCAUUGUUAACAAAGAAUGGGAAUAUUCUCAUAAGAAAGGUUUUAGGUGCACAUUUGAACGUGGAAUUCUACAUGUGUACUUCAAUUUCAAACGCUACCGCUACCGCAGAUAA